AAGUAAAAGUUUAAGUUCUUGAAAAACAAAAGAUGUAUCUACUAUUGAGAUUGGGAAAGGAGGUCGUGUCUAUCCAAUAGUGAUUUCAAUUGUUUUGUAUAUUAACAUAAUGUUUAAAACAAAGUGAGUGUUCUGUCUUCAACAUCGUUGUUGAAGGAUGGUGUCCAUUGCAAAUUCUAUUAGUAGUUUGAUUCCUUGACAACAAAAUGGCUUCCUCAAGUGAGCUUGAAGAUUUUCUUCAAGGACCACUUGUGACAUGGUUGCAGUCCUGCAUUGACAGCCCUGAGAAAAUUACAGAUUUUGAAGACUUGGCUGAUGGAAUAGUAAUUCAUGAAGUAUUGCUGCUCAUCGAUCCUGAACCUCUUCAUCAUGGUGUACUUCCAAGCCUUGGGAAUGCAUCUAUUCGUGUCAGAAAUUUUGAUUGUAUCAUUAAAAAUAUUAAAACUCUUUAUGAGGAGGAGCUAUGUCAACUGAUAGUGAGUCUCCCUGACUGUGUGCGGCUUGGACGAGACAUCAAGACCAAGGAGGGGUUGGAAGACCUGCAGUUACUGCUGUUGCUGCUGCUGGGCUGUGCAGUGCAAUGUCCCAACAAACAGACCUUUAUUGAAGGCAUCAAAUCACUUCCUGUAGAUGCCCAACAUGGUCUUGUCCACUGUAUCAAGCAGGUGACGGAGAGCCAACAGAUUGUACUGACUCCUGACAACUUGGAGUCUGUUUCCAAUGAACUGCUGCUACGUCAUGUCCGCCACCUUAUCAAACAGAGGGACAAAUACCUACAGUACUGGGCAGGGCAGGAGGAACGCAAGUGUGGAGCAGUGACCCCUACAGUCACUGCACUAAGCACCGGAGAGAGGGGCGAGUCACAGCAUCUUGCAGUCGAGUUGGCUGACUGGAAGGCUCGACUAAGGAAACAGCGACAAGAGUUGGAAGAGAAAUCCGAAGCCUUAGCUGAAAUGAAGGAUGAGCUGGAACACAACCGUGCUCAGGUGGCCAAGUUAAGAGCUGAGAUGCAAGACCUGAAGCAGCAGGCCCGAGCCACAAAAGCAUACCGGGAUGAACUGGACUCAUUGCGGGAGAAAUCAGAGCGUUGUGAUAGACUGGAGGCGGAGGUGGCUCGAUACCGCGACAAGCUGAGUGACUUGGAGUUCUACAGGAGCCGUGUGGAAGAGCUACGCCAGGAUAACCGUGUGCUGGAGGAGACCCGUGAAAUGUUAGAGGAACAGCUGGCACGUGCACGCAAGCGUGGGGACCAUCUGCUGGAGCUGGAGGCGUCUAUACUGCAAUACAAACAAACUAUCAAUGACUUAGUCCUGGAGAGAGAUGCUAACCAUGAAAAGCUACAACAGAUGUUUGAGGAAAAUGCAGAACUAGCUAUUCUGAGCCGAUCACAACUAAAUAACACCGUCCAUGAUUCUGAUCACCUAGACGAAGACACCGACACAGGAUCUGGAGAUAACAGUUUGUCGGAACAGUUAACCAGUAAUGCCCAAGCUCGAGCAUUACGACUGGAGCUGGAGAACAGACGUUUGGCACAGACUGUGGAGAACCUACAGGAGACGGCAUUCCAGCAGACCAACCAAACCAUCCUGGAACUGGAGAAAGAGAAGAAAAAACUUUCUUUGUUGGUAGAAGACUUGGAAUGUAAUAAGCGAAAACUGGUCCAACAGAAUUCAGAUUUAGAGAACACAGUUAAGGAUGCCCAGAGAGACACCAAGAAAAUGCAAGAACUGAGAGAUACCCUGCAGUUACAACUUGAGAUUCGCAGUGAGGAGGCAGAGUCUCUUCAACGGGAGAAGCAGCGGUUGGAGAGGCGAGUGCUGGAGCUGGAGGCCAGUCUAGAGACAGCCAAGGCCCAAGCAGAGAGAGCAGAGAACCAGCAAGAUGCUCAGAACAAAGCAGCCUCACUUGAGAGAGAUGUUGCUAAACUGAAAGAAGCUUUGGAGGCUAAGUCUGUGACGCUAGACGAGGUUACAACAGAGGCUGAGAAAAAUCUGAAAGAGAAACUGCAACUAACAAAAAAACUUGAUGAAGUAAACAAUCAAGUGAUAAGGUUACAAGAGGUGGAGAGGGAGAUGCAGGAGCUGGAGCGGCGGUGUGCCGUGGACAAAGCGACGUUGACAGCUCUGCAGAGUGACUUAGUUGCUGAGAAACUUAAUACUCAACAACUCAAGACUAGUCUGGACAAGCUCGGCCUGCCAAUGGAUCACCUCUCAGACCCAGAUAAUGCUCUUGAUAGGAUAUUGUCAAGCCCAGAGGUGAUGCGGCUGGUGAAGGAGCGGCUUUCACAAGACGAGGAGACAGCUAAUGAGUUAGCAGCUCACAACGCUCGACUGGAGGUAGAUGUGGCUACACUACAGUCCCAAAUCUCCUCCUUCACCUCUCAGCUGACAGCCUUGCAACUCGCCAACUCGCAGCUGGUGGCUGAAAAAGAAGAGGUUUUGAAGAACCAUGCAGACCUGCAAAAUGAACAUCAGCAGAUGUUGGUGGACCAGCUGACUCUACAAAAGCUUCAUGAACAGCUGACAAGUGAGUAUGACAGCCUGGUGAAGGAGAGAGAGGCCCUGAAGAUAAGUUAUCGGGACCUGCGUGCAGAUCAGCGUCAGCUCAAGGAAAACUAUGACAUCCUCACCACCACCAUUGAGUCUCUGCGAGGAGAGAGAGAUACAUUUAGAGAGGAAAGCCGUUCUCUCGGUAAUCUGCGAGCUGAACAUUCCAAACUGAAGGAUGAUUUCCGUAACCUGUUUACUGCAAGUGAGAAGGUGAAGAGCGAGUACCGCGGGCUGCAGGAGGAGUAUAAGAAUGUACGAGGAGAGGCGUGCAGGCUGCGGUUGACAGUGACUGAGCUCCAAGGAGAGUUGGCCGCUCGCACAGAUAGAAUCACAACUCUGGAAGUGCAGCUGUCCAAACUGUCCAGCCAGUGUGAGCUGCUGAACCAAGUGAAAAUGGGACUGGAGGAGGAUCGUCGCUCGUUGAUGGAGCAUGUCAGCCUGCUGUUCAACCAGUAUCAUGAAUUACUAACCCACUCACUCGAGGACAAGGAACAUUACCAUACAGAAGAGAAACUGUUUAGGGACAAACUCAACAACUUGUGUAGACAGAAAGAGAAAUUAGAAGAGAAAAUAAUGGAACACUACAGGCGACUAGAUAGUUGUCCAACAAAAAAAAAAAGUAUUGGGGCCAGCUUAGUGAGAAGAAUGCGGAAGGCUGGCUCAGAUUUUAUUAGUAAGAGCCGUAGAUCAUGGCAUGAAGAUGCAACAAGAAGAGGAGGCACUGACUCAGAUACAAGUCUUGAAGAUGUACGCACCAGGCAGGAUGGUCUGAGUGGCCUCGGAACUCCUGGCACUCGCAGAGCUGUCUACUACUCAGCAGAUGAGAACAAUUCUGCUUCCGCCAAUGAACGGGAUGAUAGCAAGAGCUCAGCAGGUGAUAUCCCUGUGACUUCCACUCCUCAUCCAGAGCAAUCUGGGAACAACAUGGUGGUGUACAACAGAGUAACAAAUGUGCUAGGCAGCGCCACCCCACCCCAUAGCCCCCACCAUGGCAAGAAGACACCCCAACCUCCGCCUACAGAGCCCAAAGCAGGGCCUCCUCCCAUCUGGUGUGGCUAUAAUAGUUACAAAUCCGAUAAUAAAUCUGGAAACUUUCUACUUUAGUUGCUUAAUCUGUUUAGUAGGGGUUUCAAUGUAUAUUUAAACUAUUAUCCAUUGUUUUCAUUUAUUUCUCUAGACAGUUACCAUAUUAAAUGUACUGUAAUAUUUCUAAUUUAAGCACAUUAUUGUUAAAGAGAAAAUGACAAUAACUCUACAUUGUUUUUGCUCACAAAGUGACUUAAUGUUGUUCCAAUUAGUUAUAUUUUCAAAAUUCUUUUGAAGUGUUAACAUAUUUGUUUAUAUUCACAAAACGAAUUUUAGAUUUAAGUUUCAAUUUAUCAAUUUAAGUUAAAAUAAAAAUCAAAGAACUACAAAUUUUAUCUGAGUUCUUAUAAAAGUUAUAUUCUAAGUCAUAAAAUUAAUUUAACAGUUCCUCAGCUAAACAAGGGUACAAUUUUGUAUUUAUUAAAUUAGCUGUAUAAAGAAUCUCGUUACAAAGUAUUGCUGUUUUCUCUAAAUAUUUUUGCACUUGUUAACUGAUGUGUUGCUUUUAAGAUUAACUAAUGUUUUGGUUAUUAAGUUUAAUAGUUAGUUUUUUCGUUUGAUGAAUAUUGUCAUUUUGAUAGUUGAUAAUCUUGAUUUCUCUCAUUUUGCUUAGGUAAAAGUACAAGUGCUGGUAGUUUACACUUAAAUUAAAAAGUCAACAAUUUUACUAAAUGAGAUCAUUCUCAUUAGUUAUUUUUUAAUCUUUUGAAACUUUACUUUAGAUUACAGUAGACUUUAAACAAUCCUAAAGAGGUGAGAUUUGACAAAAGAACCUGCAGUUAAAAAAACAGAGAAACUAUUGUACAAUUACUGUAAUUUAUUUACACGUACAACUGCAUUAGAACAAAAUAUUUUUUCAAAGUCUUUUCUACCAGUUUCCUACUUCUCUCAGUCACUGAAAUGUUAUAGCGACCUGAACUAGUGUCCUUUUCAACUAUAUUAAUGGUUCAAUGUUAUGCAGCUUUGUCCUCUCUACCACUGUACCUCCCUUACCCCCUGUACCAUUCAAUUCUUAGAUAGUGACACUCAUAAAUAAAUAUAAAAUUUUAUGAAAAUUGAUCCAAUAAUAACCAUAUCCAAGAUGCAUGUUAUUUUACGUAUAUUGAAGGAUAAUUUUUAUUUACUAGACAAUAGUUAAUAAUAAAUAAAUAAGCAUAGAAUAUUGCAUAAUAUUCAUGCCAUACAUGAAAAUAAGAUUUGUAUUCUCAAAAAUACAUUUCUGUAAAUUCAUAUUUUUAGAAUUUUUCGUUGAUUCUCCAAAUUCACUCAGUCAUAAUUUGCAUAAUUUAAUUUCAGUAAUAUUCUGUAUAUUGCAAUAAUAUACAAGCAUAGUUCAACCUCGUUAAGUUGUACUAGCUGGCACCACGGCCGAUCCAACAUAACGAUAAUCCGGGUUGACAGGAGAAUGUUGAAAAAUAUAGUACAACAUGUACAAACAAUACAAUAUAUGUUUACUGCGGAAAAACACUUAAAAUACACUUCAUGAUAAAAUAUAAUACAUCAUAAUUUUUCUUAAAUAAUUUUAUUAAUUUGUGAUGCGUCAGCUUUGAACACUGUUUCCUUGCCGAGCGGUCACACAUUCUUUUCAACAUGAGAAGCUCAGCCAGUGUCAUCUAUUUUUAUUGCUCAAAAUAUACCAAUAACUCGCCCAAAUGAGAUGCUGCUUCUGCAUAGCUUAACUGGUCCUCCCUGUUAUUAAUUGGCAUCUUUAUUGCAAUAAAUCACAAUACAUGUAAUUAUUGAGUUCUACAAACAGUCUACUGAUAAACAUACAUCCGUUCCACGCUUGGCAGUCUGAGUGGAAGACAAAAAGUUAAUUUUAAAUUUUCUUGAACUGAUUUGGUUUACCCUGAGAUCUGACAUGGUAUAAAUUUAUUUGUGUUUAGUUUCCAAAAAAAAAAUAAAACGAUGUAUACAGUGUUUAUGGUACAAUUAGUAUAAAACAGUGAAAAUAACAAAUUAACUCAAACUUGUAAAAGGAACUAAACAUGGUAUGUUUCAGUUUUCAGUGUGGAUUUUAAUUAAUUAAUUAUAGAGUUUAAAAAUAUAAAUAUUAUAUUAUAAUUAAAAUAUGAAAGUUAACUUCAGCUCACUGAUUUGCUACUGCCAAUUCAGUUUCAAAUUCUUAAGAAGUGUUAUUUUUGUGAGACUCUUGUACUGCCUCAUUUCUGACGAAAAAACUGUCUAAAGUUUUUUGCUUCUUAUAUAUAGAAGACUUUCUCAAAACAUUGUCAUAAAGUCUUUGUAAAACCAAGAUGUCUUGUGCUGCUUCUCCAUUUUCCUCAGCCCAUUUGAUGCUUGUUCGAAAGGCUGCUAUUGCACUUUCAACAUUUAUGGAGUGAAUUAGUCUUUGAAUGUUUUCAAUUUUUUUCCUCCUAGUCUUCUUUCUCAACAUUUCUUGAAUAAGUUCUCUAUGACUCAUGAUUUGAAAUUCUUCAGGGCUGCCAACAAGCCAAAUUUUAAUUUAUUGUUGGGUUUUCUUCAUCAAAGAGAAGCAAUAGCUUUCUGAAGUCCAUUCAACUCAGUUCCAGUUUGAUUUUCAUCUUGAACGCUUGAUUCCUCUUUUUAAGAUUUACUAUUUUAUGGUGGACUAUAUUAUAUUCUUUUAACAGUAGAAGAUCGAGCCAUAUGUUCACCCAUGAGCAGACAGUUUUUUCGUAGUUACUUUUCUCUCAAGCAUUCUGCAGAUUGAAGACAACAUUGUUGAGAUUUAACCUCCAUAAGAGUGAAUAAUACUCUUAUUUUGCUAUUUAACACGUUAUAGAGCAGACUUUUUGUGAUUCAUUUUAAUGGCAUGAAUUAUAUUUUGAUCCACUGGCCGUAGGAUUGGUGUAAUGUUGGGUGGUAAUGAUAUAAUGUUUGAACACAGCCAUCACUUGUUUUUAAUUCGGUUUCAUCGGGGUGUCUAGGGCAAUUUAUUGUCUAAGAUUAGUAGGGCCUUCUGAGGCAGUUUUUGUUCAGCUUUUUGCACAAAAAUGGUUUUUUUAUGUAAAAACCUCCAAAAAAGUCCAUUUUCGUCAGCAUCAUACACCUGAUCUGGACCAAGUUUCAAAUCACUGACAACGUUUAGAAAUUUUUGUUUAUAAGGCUCAAUUGCUAAUUUACAAGAUAGUUUUUUACCACUAAAAUUAAGCAGGCGACGAAUUCCAUAAUGGUUUUGGAAUUUUUCUAACCAACCUUUGCUAGUUUGAAAAUCAUCAUUUUUGUUAUUUCUUUAUAACAAAUAUUUAGAUUUUUCUUGUAUCAUCUCUUCUGACAAUGGUGCAAGUCUGUUUCUUUCCUGUACAAUCCAGACAAAAAAAUUCAAGAUUUUUAUAAUUUCAUUCUUUUCAAUUAAAGAGUUUUAUGUUUCCGUACUUCAUUUGAUGGCAUUUUUAAAGUAAACUAACAAAAAUGCUGUUUCCAAUGUCAGAUAAUAUUUCAAACUACAAAUAAAGUCACAGUACAGUACAAUCUCACUGUGUCACUAUCACUACAAAAGUACACUAUCACUGUCAGUACAAAAUUUAUCAAUUUAUCAACACACCACAAAUACUAACCACCAUAAAUUAUGAACAACACAAUAAGCAAAGAAAAAAUGAAAUUAUUUCACAAACUUCCUCUACUACAUGUUCACUAUUCAAAAACGGAAAACAAUGAUGUUAAAUACACUGUCGUUUUGACCUAAACUCGCAAAUUGAUGGAUAUGAUGACAGAUAGCUAUUCCCCUUUCUCUCACACAUCAACAUGCAGUGACUUGAAUGAUGACAAUACACAUUCUCAUACUGCAUUUGUCUACCGGACUGGCGCAGGGUCGGAGUAUAGAGGGACUACUGUGUAAGAAAGAAGUUGGGUGGCAAGGAAGUGGAAGAGUGGAGGCAGUGGAAUAUGGAGUAACCAACAGCCAUAGCUCAAUGUGUUUGUACUACUUUCUCACUAAAACUUUUACCAUCAAAAUUGCAUUAACGGAUAUAUAUUUUUGUUAACCAUUUCAUUCAAUCCAAAUAUGAUAUCGUGGCUGUGUUGUUGAGAGUCUAUUGUAAUAAGAAAUGCGGUGUAGUCUUAUUUAUAUUGUAUUUUCUUUCAUCAAAUUAUUUUAUUUUAAAAGUAAGUAUUCAUUUCAAAUUUUUACUCUGAACACAUUAUAAAAUACAAUAAAACCUACAUACAAUGUUGAAAUACCAAAAUUACCUACAAAAUAAGAUUAGUUGCUGAUACUGAGCAUACAAAUUAAUGUUGUACUAUCUAAAACUUGAUUACUGCCUUCGAUAAAUACUGUGAGCAACUCAGUACAAUGAAUUAAUCAAUCAAAAUGUACAGGAAUUGUGAAAUCCAUUAUAUGAAUAUCACAAGAUUACUGAAUUGUACUCAGUUUUUUAAUCUAGUCAUUAAUAAUUAUUCAUUAUGUAUGUAGACAACGUUGUAACUAAUAUGUUUUUAUGUAACUUAUGUCAUAAUUACGUUUUGAAUGUUUUAUUCCGUGUGGCCUUAAGUUAGAAUUUUGUUUAACUGGAGGCAAAUAUUGAUUCUACAGUAGAAAUAUGAUGUAACAACAUGCAUUCUAAAGUUAGAGUCAAAAAUGUAUAGUCAAUAUUUGCUUAAAAGCUAUUUUAAGAGGCCCUAAUGUAGUAAUGCUUUGUGUUAUGCUUUAAAUAGGAUUAAUCGGUUUUUGUUUGUAUACAUUCAGCAAGUAAUAUGGUUUCUAUUAUUAUUUAAAUGGUGCAUUUAGGUGCACUGUAUAUUACAAUAGUAUUUAUGUAAUGUGUAUGCGAAUGGAAUAUUUCUUAGGGCUGAUUCGCUUUAUCUCACGUGGCGAGGUUGUGAUUCAUUCCUUCAGUUUUAUUUGAUUUAAUAAAUGUUUAAGGUUGUAAAAGUAUUCUGGUUUUUAACGUCGUUUAUUAAAUAAUUAUUUUUCAUAACUGUUCAGGUUUUGUUACAUUUUUAUUUAGAGUAUCAGCGUACAGACAGUUUUAUGUCAUUAUCCUUGUGUAAAAUACAUUAUUGAGAAGAUUGAAACAUCAUAGCCAAAGGAGCUUUAAAAAAUAAUGGAAAUACAAUGUUAGAUAAUAGUAAUUUUAUUUUGGGUUUUGAUCUUCUAGUUUACUAAGAUGUUCCUAUUAAAUUUUUUAUAGAAAAUCCAACAUUAAAAUUUAUAUUUUAUUAGAAUGGUGACUGAUACUAAUUUAGGCUUUAUAUUUUUUUACAUUUCAAAUAGCAGUCAUCAAGAUUUUUUAUCAUGGUUAUGUACUAUACAUUUCAAAUAAAUUUGUUUUAAUGUUAUGCAGACAUUUUUUGCUUUUAAGUCCAUUUAACCUCAUGCUACAUUUUUGUUUCAACAUAUUAUUAAUCUGUAUUUUUAUCUAAAAUAAAUAUAAAUAAUAGUUAAAGUGGUUUAUUACCUAUAAAAUAUCUUAUAUCAGUUGUAUUACUUUGUAAACAAUGCACACUUUAAUGUUAAUACGUAUUAAUUUAAAUAUGAUCUGAUAAGAAUAUAUAACACCACUGUUUCAUAACUCUCUGAAUACCACAAGCUUGUUGUAUGAUGUGCUAAGCAAUAAUAUCAUGUGGUUAUGUUAUACUAUGUAGCUUGCAGUUAUAGCCUUGUAAUAUAGUUUUAUAGAAUGUUAUAUAGUGUACUGUAAGGAGGCAAGGCUGUACUCUGUAACAUUGCACAAUAUAGCAAUAGCAAUAACAGUAUAGCCUUCCACUAGUUUUUAGUGCACAUUCUUUGCUUUUAGCUAUUUACCAGUAUAGUUCCUUUACCUGAAUUUGAUUAAACUUUUUUAAGUAACAAUCCCUUCUUAUCAAAUAAACUUAAAAAAUUUAUUUUUCCUUUUAAUUUUGUUUAGUUAUGUACUGUAUUUUUAAUGUAUUCUAUUUAUAUUUUCUAAUUUAAAUUAUAAUAAGUGAUAGUAAUUAUAUAGGUGUUUACUAUCUGUAUUUAACUGUGGUUUCAGCAUCAUUACAAAACUUGUUUGUGAUGUAGAUGAGAUGUCCAAAAAAUGAAACUAGUUAAAAACUGUCAUAAAUUGGAAAAGAAAACCAAUAAAAAUUAAUACAUCAUGAAUUUAGUAACUUCCACCCCUCUAGAGUGUUCAUAAAAUUGCUACUAACAAUAUUGUUGUAAGUGCAAUAAAGAAUUAAUUUAUUUGAUUAUUUUUUAAAUCUAUUUGUUCUAAUUAAAAUUUGCAAUCAUUAAAUUUGGAAAAAUCUGUAAAACCAUAAAUAAUUUAUAUUUAACUUUACAAGUAAAUUUUGUAACAUCAAAAGGCACAAAAAUAUUUUAUUAUAAAUAAUGCUUCUUGAGUUUGCUUCUUGUUCUUAUAGGUAUGGUUCUGUAGGGUUAGAGAAGAUGUGAAUUGAUUAAACCUUCAAUAGUUUUUCAGCUUGGACUACAUACAGAAAAAAAUUAAAUGAAAAGCUCAAAUCUUUUAUGAUUCUAAUGUGUACAAUGUACUUACAUAAUGAUAUGUAUAUCUUAUUCCAUAAUAUUAUGUUUUUUUUAUAAAAAUGUUAAAAUAUUAACAGUUUAAUAAAAAUAUCCCAAAUUAUGUUAUUUUAACAAGUAUUUUAUAGCGAAGUUAAUUUGGUGAGAUAUGAUUUUAAUCUUUUAAUUUUUUAAAAUAAUACUUUGUCUUGUUUUGUAACAAAAAUAUUUAAAACAAUAUUUUUUCAGCUUUACAAUUUAUUUAGCACUGCAGUGUUAACACAGCACAUCAUAACAAGGACUUCCUGUCAACUAGUGGGCAACGCUAGAAAAAUGUGUGACGCUCAAUACACCCUCCUUGUGUACUAUCAUGACAUAUAACAGAAUAAAAUGGGACAGGCGCAUUAUUAUGUCAGUGACAUAUAUUUUAUGAUAUUACCAAGAACAAUAAUAAUAAUUAAUUAAUUAUUCCGUCAGAAACUGGUAAGGGCUUAAAAGCAAUGGGUUACUUGAUAUACUACAAUAAACUGACCAAACGAUACAUUCAGAGGUUUGUUAAACCACUGUGGUAAAAUAGUUUAUAACAUUUUAAGCAUAUUAAAUGAUUUUCCCACAAUUUAAAAUCAAAUUAAUGUGCUCACUUAAGUCUUGCUUAUUUGUUGAAGAGUACACCUAGAAUACACAUUUGAAAAAAUACCUAAGUAUAUACUUGUGUAUAUUUUGUUAAUUUUUUAGUAAUUUUUGGCAGCAACUGAUGGAGGUUGUGUUGUUUUUUAUCUUUUUGUAAGUUUUUCUGUCAAAUUAACAUUGCUUUUAUGACAGAAGUUGUGUGAUGCAAUACUGAUUUUGUAACUGUACUAAUUAAUUGGAAGGUGAAGAAUUGACAAUCACAUAACAUUCCAGACUUUUAUACAACUCUGUAUAACCCAAUUUUAUUGUCAGUGUUUGAUUUUAAAUACUGGUUGAUAACUGAAAGCAAAGAAUGUUUCAAAAUACAAAUAAUGGGAAGAGGAAGAGCACAACUAAUAUAGGUGCUGGAUGUGAUCUCCAGGGUGUUUGGUGCCUAUCCAUUCCGCAGACUGUAAUGUGGCAGCUCUGUUUGUACUUAAUGUCCAUUGAUGGCUCUCAUUAAACUCUGGUUUUUACACUUUUGUACAGAA